AUGGCAGGAUUCCACGUCUUAGAGCUCCCCUGCGAGAUUUUAGACCAAAUCAUCUCUGAAGUACGAGGUAGUUUGAGGCCAGUCUCGUGCGUGUGUCGUACAUUCCGCGUCCUGUGCGAGCCUAGGAUCUGGAGUCAUGUGUCUUUGAAAGGAUCACAGGCUUCAAGUCUCCCAGCGCUUGUGAAAUUCUGGCACUUGCGCACUGAAAUCGCCGCAUAUGUGCUUGACCUUCACGUCGACUGGGAGCGAAUCAACCGAAAGAAGGAGAAAAUCAAAAGCGAAGAUGUUGCCGAACUUCAGAUCAUCAUCAAAAGCUUGAACCUCGAUUUGCCAGAAAACUGGCAUACGUUAACAGAGAACUUAUCCAUACUGGCGGGUAUCGCAAUCCUCCAGGCGCGGAAUGUUCGACAACUAUCUAUCACGGCGGACAAAAAGUCGGAAUAUUUCUUCAAAGCCUUGCCAUUUCCGGAGGAGACUUCCACACGCUUGCGAAAUUUGACGGACUUACGUUUCGUUGCCAGUCAGACUGGCACAUGGCCUGUUCUACUCGAUCAAAUCUUCCCUCUCAUGGAACUCGCUCCUUUCAUCACAAGCUUUUAUGGAAUCAACACUUGUGGGAAGUUUGAGGGCAUGGAUUGGAGCCGCAUCGUAAAGCUCAAAUUGGCAAGAAGAGGCGUCAUCCCUGUCGAAGACACUCCCAGGUGGAUCAAAUCUUGUGGGCGUUUGGAAGAAUUUGACUUGUGGGCGCUUACUGAUUACGACGACUUGGAAGAUAUUCUUCCGGCUCUAACAUUUCACGGCGAAAGUCUCAAAGUUCUCAAGCUAGAUAUAGGCGGGUGGGGAGACACGGCAAUGCGCCUUCGUUCCUUCACCAAACUCCCCAGUCUAGAAUCACUGAAGAUAACUGCAGAUGAAUUGGGUUUUGGCAGUGAUUGUUUGCUGCGAGAACUUCAACCGUCGCUGAAACACUUGAAAAUCAGUGGCUACAUCGAUGGCUACAAAGAAGAGUUCGUCUGGUUUGCUAAACAAGUUGAGGGUGGCAAGUUUCCUGACCUCAGAACUAUCAGCUUUACUGAAUGGGAAUGCGAUGGGGAUCACGAAAACAGUUGUCGUUUAGUAAACAGUGAGUCUUGGGAAGGAGGCGAAGUUGGGUGUGACAUGGGGCAGACCCUGUGUGACGUAAGAGAGAUGUUUUCAGCGCUGGGAGUUACAGACCCGACGCCUUGGGACAAUCCUUGGGAGAAGGAUUGUACACCGAGGGAGCUCAUGUACCACCUCCUCCUCGAAGAGGCCACCACCCCUUGA